CGAGACGAGACAUCGCUCAUCCCAGCCCUUCCCUUCGUCAGCCGCGCAUCCAUGGCUCCCUUCACCAACCCCUUCCGCCGCGCGGCGGCGGAAAACGCGUCCGGCCAGAUUACUGUGCACGUAAAGUGGGGGCGUGAACGCUUCAACAUUCCCAUCCCGAACGCGGACAUGACACCGCUGUCGCAGCUGAUCGGCACGCUCUCCCACCAAACCGGCAUCCCAACAGACCAGCUGAAGCUGGUGUACAAAGGCGCGGUGCUCAAAGACCCGCUGCUCACGCUGUCGUCGUACGGCAUCCGCGACGGCUCGAACCUCACCAUGGUCGGGAAGGAGGGGCCGGCGCCCGCGGCGCCCGCGCCCGCCGCGCCGCCCGUCGUGAAGAAGAAGAACAAGCAGCCGGACACGGACUCGGAGCAGGUGCUCGUCGACUGGAUCCGCAACCUCGUGAACGGCGUCGUCGAGCCGCUCGAGGCGAGCAUUGCCACGUUCGUGCACCAGGCGUCGCCGGGCGGGACAAACAAGCCGCGCGUGCAGCAGAGCUUUGAGGCGCUGCAGCGCGAGCACGCGCGCUUGAGCGAGCUGCUGCUGCGCGGCCUGCUCGAUAUGGACGGCGUGGAAAUUCCAAACGGGUGGACUGAGGCGCGGCUGGAAAGGAAGAACGGCGUCAAGCGCCUCCAGGGGGAACUGACGCGCGUCGACGACGCGUGGGGGAACAGAAAGCGGCUGGCGACUUAGUGAUCGUAGACGGACACAUUAGAAUGUACGCAUAGAACGUGGUUGGGGCAGCUCCGUCGCAACCUCCACUCUCACUGGACAGCUCGCUCGGGGUAUCGUACAAUGCAUGUCUAGAAGGA